AUGGCAAAGGAUCCAAGGGUUCACAAGGCUAUCACUGCAAUGAAACGCUUAACCUUUCCUCAAGAAGAUGUGAUAGCCGUGCUGAGGAAGUUGCUUAAAUUAUAUGAAAAGAGGUGGGAACUCAUUGAGGAAGAUAAUUAUGCUACACUUGUUGAGGCUAUACUCGAGUAUCAGAAGGAAGAGAAGAAUGAUGUGAACAGCUCAAGGAACAACUAUAAUUUGAAAGAUCACUCGGAGAAUCGACAUGAAGAUCUGCUUGAUGAUCAGGCUCCUUCUGUGAGGGAAAGUCAUAAUGGGAGAGCAGAUCGUGAAGAAGUUCAACUAUUAUCACUUGAGGCUGGUGAACAGGAAUUGAAGGACUCAUCUCUGUCGCAGUCUGCUAGAAACAGAGGAAAUCUACACAGUUCAACAUAUCAGGCAUCUACGAGACAAAAUUCACUUGCUGGAAGAGAAUCAAAAGUUCAGACUAAUGAAAGAGAAAAUUUUCAAGGGGAUCAUCAACAUGGACUUGUGGCUUCACAUAAACGGAAGGAACUUGAUAUCACUAUUCAGCAAAUCACUUCAGAGAAGGACAAAAGGGUGGAUGGUUCAGUACGCCACAGAGCAAGUUUGCAAUCUACUUUGAACAUAGCCUCAUCUACCUGUGGAAAGGUGAUCAUUUCUUUGACAUGUAAAAGUAAUGGACUACCUAAUUCUUGGAGUCCAAAUAUUGAUGCAGUCGUCAAACAUGCUGAGGAUAAGUACUUGAGAUCGUACAAAAUCAUUGGUCCUGAGUUCUCUCUUGUUCAGUUCUUGAAAGAAUUGUGCAACAGCUUUCUGGAAUUGAGCUCUAAUUCUACUGUAAAUUCUCUGGUUAGUGAAAUCAUGGGACCUAACCAACAAGGAUCUAGUAGAGACAAUAUUGAAAUAAAGAUAAACAAAAGGAUCAGAAAAUCUGAAUCUUCAAGUUCAUCCAGUCUUGUUGUUGCUCAGAAGCAUUCUAUUAGCCUUGAAAAGAGAAGGCCUCUUCGUAAGCUGCCUGAUAUAACAAAUGGUACUGAAAAAGUGAGAAUUUCAUUACUAGAUGAAUUUGGAAAUGAGCGUCUUCCAGAUUUUGUAUACAUUCCACAAAAUAUAAGUUAUCAGGGUGCAUAUGUACAAGUUUCGUUGGCUCGAAUUUCAGAUGAGGACUGCUGUGCAAGUUGUGAAGGAGAUUGUCUAUCAUCCUCUUUUCCUUGUGCAUGUGCGCGUGUGACAGGAGGGGAAUUUGCCUACACAACAGAAGGGCUUCUUAAAGAAAAGUUCUUAGACGCUUGUAUUUUGAUGAGUGAAGGACCACCGGAGGACCAUCACUACUAUUACUGUUCAGAUUGUCCAUGUGAGAGGGCAAAGAAUGCUCAUCGCCCAGAAAAAUGCAAAGGUCAUCUGGUGAGGAAAUUUGUGAAAGAAUGCUGGAGAAAAUGCCGAUGUAGCAUGCAGUGUGGAAACAGAGUUGUGCAGCGAGGCAUAACGUGUAAAUUACAAGUGUUCUUGACAGCGGGUGGCAAAGGUUGGGGUUUGCGGACUCUAGAAGAGAUACCUAAAGGUGCUUUUGUUUGUGAGUAUGUUGGUGAAAUAUUAACCAACAUGGAGCUGUACGAAAGGAAUAAAAGAAAUUGUAAAGACAGACACACAUAUCCAGUGCUUAUGGAUGCAGAUUGGGGAACAGAACGAGUUCUGAAGGAUGAAGAUGCACUUUGUCUUGAUGCAACUUACUACGGAAAUGUUGGAAGAUUUAUAAAUCAUAGAUGUAAUGACGCAAACUUGAUUGACAUUCCAGUCGAAGUGGAGACCCCAGACCGCCAUUACUAUCAUCUUGCUUUUUUCACUAAAAAGAAAGUGGCUGCUUUCGAAGAGCUAACCUGGGAUUACGGCAUUGAUUUUAACGAUCAUAACCAUCCUAUCGAAGCAUUCCAAUGCAGCUGCGGAAGUGCCAGAUGCCGCGAUUUGAAAGGAAAAGGGAUUAUCAAACAGAAUAGCGUGAAGAAUCAUGCGACUGAGUCUCUGAUGAAUUCAGUUCAGAAAAAGAAAACUAAUAAUCGGUGA